AUGCCCGGAGUCACAGUUUUAUCACCGAAUAAUAAUUUGAAUUCCUCUGUCAAUGGUUCUUCCCGUGUGUACGAUGAGAUGAACAUAUCGGAAAUCACAUCGUCAGCGAAGGAUGCGGUGAAUCGGGAGACUCGCGGGGCGACGCCCAUGUCGAUGAUCAAGACUGCGCGGCGCCAGGUGCAGCAGGGGAAGGACUAUGAACUUCGAGGGGAUCUCAAGAGUGCUUUAGCCGCAUACACGCAAGCCGCUGCUCUGGCUAAAGUGACCUUGGAUCAUCCAGAGAUGAAGAAAGGUGGUGGUCUCAAGAAAGAAUUCAACGACUUUUUUGAGCACGAAGGAAGUGAUCUAGCCGAAAGGAAGAACGCUGUGGAAGACAAGCUCAAGGCCUUUGAGAAGAGUCCAAGCGACGACCCCCCUAGGAAGACCAUUGCUGAUCGUCUCAAGUCCUUGCAGGAUAAUGGUCUUGUCCUCACAACGAAUAAACGAAUGUCUCGCGAGCUUCCCACCUCUCCGCCGGCAACUUCUCCGUCUUUCUCGGUAUCUUCGCCGUCGUCGUUGUCACAUAUCCCCUCAUCCUUAUCAUCGGUGCUCCCCUCUCCGCCUCCUCUGCCAACUUCCUUCGUAUCACCGUCCACCCUCGGUCCCCCGUCGCCAGCAUCAACGUCGCCAGUGAUUCCUGAACGCGAGUCUCUGAGCCUCUUCGAAUUCGCCCAGAACUUCCCCACCAUCGACGAACUCGACGAAGCGACCAGCCUCAGCCUUCCCUCAGUACCCACCAGUCCGCCCGCCACUACCGCCAAUGUCAAACACAAGCACUCGAUCAACGGAUUCGCCGAGUAUAACGUGCCCGUUGACAGGCCGUCCAGCACCCCGUUGACUCCCAUCGCCAAUUCAUUCGGCAGUCAACCCGCCUCACCAACUCGCUCUCCAGCCCCCCCUCCACUUGCCACCAAGCCUUCGUCGGUUGGGUUGAGUGGGCUCGGUCUGGGUUCGUCGCGCCCCGCAUCGUCUGGUUCCACCACGCCACAAACGCCGACGGUAGAUAAACCGCCUAUCCCAAACAGCAACUCUACGACACCAAGCGAAUUAGCGCAAUACAUGCAACACUAUAAAGUAUUGCUUCUGGACGUGAGGCACAGAGCAGAUUUCGACCGUGAACAUAUCAGUCACAAGCCCAUAGUAUGUGUGGAACCCAGCAUAUUGAUGCGCGAAAGUGUUACAGGUCAAAGUUUGGAGGACGCUCUAGUUGUCGCACCCACCAACGAAGGCGUCGUCUUCUCGAAUCGAGAAAAAUUCGACUUGAUAGUGCUGUACGACCAAAAUUCCGAAACCUUUGGGCCGCAGACUUCUCCUAUCAAUGUUCUGGUGAUGGCCAUAUAUGAAGGCGCAAUACAAAAGAUGCUACGACGAGUGCCGAUGCUUCUACUCGGCGGCCUGGAUAGAUGGAAGAGGGUGAUGGGGGACGAUUCUGUGCGGCGGUUAGUAGACGGAAAGCAUUCGCCCGCGUAUCAAGAUACAAAUCCCUUCCGAGCUGGCGCGAUUGUGACUACACACGGUCAAGGCUCAGCUCCAUCCUCAGGGGCACUGAUGAAUGGGCUGAUGUCUCCUACGCUCAAUGGGGCCACGUCUCCGCCACCGGUGUCGAUAACAAGCCCUGCUACCUCCCCCAGACUAAUUGACCCUCGGCAACAGUGGUCCUCGCCUAGAGAAAGAUAUGACAACUCUGCUACUUCGCCACCGUUGGAACAACGGACACCAGCUAGUCUAACAUUCGGACAAGGUCACGGCGAGCACCGGUCGACGAUGUCUGUGGAUCAAAUAUCUCAUUCUAGGCAUCCCGCGGAAACUAGCCCUUCAUUCUAUCAUUCGCCCCCCGGAAGCGCACUCGCACGCCGACCUGCGAUAUCCCGAGGACCAGUCUCGACAUCAUCGGCAUAUCCUAAUAAUUUAUCCGGCCCCAGCAUGAUGCAGCCUCUGGUCAACAGCUCGUCUUCAAUCACAUACCCUCAAUUCCCUUCUCGCGUCACUCCCAACACCACUGGCUCACUCUCCGGCUCCCCAUUCGUCUCUCCGCCCGCUCACUACGACAACAUCGCAUCUCCGCCGCAAGCUUCUAUCAACCCUUCUUUCCCCCGAAGGCGGAGCGACUACAUUGACCAGACUCAAGAAGCUCUGUCUGGGUCCGGGAUCGCUUCUCGGGGCCCUAUCGACUACCCAGAACUGUCGACCCAGAUCUCGCGACCGGCGCCAGUCGCUGCUCCCGCUAUUGCUCUAGAUCGGCAGGAUAAUCAUAAUCGCUCCAUUGCAAUGCCACAGCCGUCCGCAAUGGCUCCUCUACCGCCAAGGCUUAAGCAGGACUACUCUGUUGUAUAUUGGUACGAUACGCAGAUCGGAACGAGUGGGUUGAAGAAUAUGGGGAAUACGUGCUACAUGAACGCACCGAUACAGUGCUUGAGUGCAACCGUGCCAUUCGCCCAGUUCUUUACUAACGGGAGAUGGCGGGACGCAAUUAACAUGCUAAACAAGAUGGGUUCUCAAGGGAAGCUCGUCCAAUCGUUUGCAUCUCUUCUACGGAGCAUGUGGCAAGGUGACCUCCCCUAUAUAACGCCAAUCGACUUUCGGAAAAUGGUGGUCUCGCUCAACCAGCAAUAUAGUGGCUGCGAUCAGCACGAUUCUCAAGAGUUCCUGAGCUUUUUGCUGGACAUCAUACACGAGGAUUUGAACCGGGUCUUCACGAAGCCAGCAUGGAAGACGACUCCGGAGCAAGAAGCGGAGCUGGAGAGGUUGCCCCCACAGAUUGCUAGUGAUCAAGAGUGGAAGGCGUGGAAGAUGAGGAAUGAUAGUUUGAUCGUCGACUACUUCCAGGGCCAGCUAAGGAAUCGCCUGGAGUGCAUGACCUGCCAUCAGACGUCAACAACGUACAAUGUGUUCUCCAUGCUGCAACUUCCUGUACCCAGUAGAAGCGGUAAGAUACAUCUGCAGAAGUGUUUGGACGCCUUCUUCAACCACGAGGUCAUGGAGAAGGACGAUGCGUGGGAUUGUCCACGAUGUAAAACGAAGCGCAAGGCUACCAAACAGCUUUCGCUGGCCCGACUACCUCCCAUCCUCUUGAUCCAUCUCAAACGCUUCGAAACUCGGGGACGAUUCUCGGAUAAGAUUGACACCUUCGUCGAGUACCCGUUAAAGGGGCUCGACCUGACAAAUUUUAUGCCUCCUCCGCUCCCUUCUGGGGCAGACAAAGGCCAAGUUAGCAUAGAUCCAAGCGACCCGCGAACGCAAUUACCGCCUUACAGAUACGACCUAUACGGCGUAACUAAUCAUUAUGGCAAUCUUAGUAGCGGUCACUAUACGGCCUACAUCGCUUCACGAGGAGGUUGGAUGUCUUGUGACGACAGUAGCGUCCGGCCGGCGGAUCCUAAGCAAGUUGUCAACCAGAAAGCAUAUGUCCUAUUUUACAAGCGAGUCAAAGCAUAA